GAGCAGAACACAGCUGAGCAGUGUAGAAUUGACAGGAGUGACUGGUUCUUCAAGAAUUUCUCAGUUUUGAUACAAGAUGGCUGAUCGUUAAGGAAAUCAUACGAAGGUCUCGCCGUUUCGCACUCAGCUGCAGUCUUUGGGUGCCAAAAUAUUGUUGAAAUCCGAUUCGAGACAAUGGCGUCCAAAAAACUGACUCCGAUUUUCACUCUAACGAUUAUACUCUGUGCCACUUUCCUUCCACAUACUGUCGAAGGUAUUCUCAAAAGGUGCGUGCAGUGCAGAUCGAGAGGUGAAUUGGGCUCCUGCAAGGACAAAUUCACGAUGAAUGCUACGCAGAUUGCCGAAGAGCACGGAGUGGAGGCGGUUCCAUGUGCCUCCGGAUGGUGCGGAAAAAUAAUCGAGAGUCAAAGUCUCAACAACGAAUAUGGAAUAGCGACACAACGAAUGUGCCUUCAGCGUGGCCCAGACGACUAUGAGGAACGUUGUGCGAACACAAUUUGGAACUACAAGAAGGUCUACAUGUGUUUUUGCCUUGGAGAUCUCUGUAAUGCCUCAACGAGAACAACUUUGCCCAGCAUUAUUUUGCUAACCGUAAUUGGUUUUGUGGGAAGGUGGUUUAUUUGACGGUUAUACAUACCAAGAUAAUCGUGGCCAUAUAAUAAAGUUUUGCAGUCACAGAAAAGAAGUACUUUUAAUUAGGACUUUCGAACUGUUGCACGGUGAUAAAAGUGACCGCGUAUAAUGUACAAGACAAGAUUAAUCGACGUCCUUCUGCGUGAGGGAAAAGAAAUUUAAAAUUCACAGUGUGAAUCUGAUAUAUUUUAGAGUACCAGGUGAUCGGUUUGGUAAUGAAAAAUACUCGAUCAUUUAUGGCGGUAAAAUUUCUUACCGUUUGGAUCAUUUAGAAUAAAAUCACUUCCCGGAAAUGUAUAAUUAUGUUUAAUUGGCUACAUGGUUAUAUAAUUUGGGCAGUAUAAAUAUGUAGUAUGCUCCACUUAAAUAUAAAUACCUACAUAUAUACUGUAUUGCGAAAAACUAUGCAUGAAUUAUGUGUAUAUUUUAAUCAGUAUAGUUUAUAGCAUUUAUAAAUAAUGAACUGUGUAUAUUAAUGUU